AUGCUUAAAGUGAGAUAUGAGAACUUGAACGAUAUAAGGAAGGAUGAUGAAAUAUUAAAUAUUUGUUUUGUAGCACAUCCAUGUUAUUAUUCAGUGUUAGAUUUAGAAGAAAGGGAAUUAUUUAAUAAAAGAGUUUAUGAAAAUUUUUGUAAGUUUGCUGAAAGAGUUGAUAUAUAUGAUAAGAAUGAAUAUCUAAGUGUUUAUAGAAGACAUGAUAAAAAAUGUAGAGAAUUAUAUAUGCUAAAAAGUUGGGAGUUAUUAAAGAAUACAUAUAGAUAUAAAAUGCCUGUAAUAUUUAAAAAUUUAGAAUAUUUUGAUUUAUAUAAUAUGGAGAAGAUACGUUAUUAUUCAAUUAAUUAUAAUAAAAAAAAAGGAACAAAAGGAAAUAGUUAUGUGGUUCGAAAUAAGAAGAAACUAAAUAUGAUUGAGAAAGAAAAAUGUUUUAUUCUAGAUAAUCAUAUGAUAUAUUCUAUGACACCUGAGUAUAUAGCAAAAAGUAUUAGUAAAAAUAUAUUAUUGAAUAUGAAUUAUAUAAAGAAGGGAUGUAAAAAAUUAUUAAGUAUAAAAGAGUAUAAUAAAAAUAGUAAGAAUGACAAUAAAAUUAAUGAUAAUUUAUAUAAUAACAAAUUGGAUGAUGAUUAUUAUAAUGAUAAUAUGAAUUAUAAAGAUAAUAAUAUUUCUAAGAGAAAAAAAUUUUAUCCUAUUAAGAAAAAAAGAAAGAUAGAACCCAUUUUGAAUAGUAAUAAAAAGUUUUCUAUUGAGAGAAAAAAAAAAAUUUUAAUUUAUUUAGACCCUUUUGCUGGUGCAGGAGGGAAUUGUAAUCACAUGAAUGAUAUAUUUACAAUUGGAUGUGAUAUAAAUAUUUAUCGAAUAAAACAAUGUCAGCAUAACUGUAAGUUUUAUAAUAAGAAUGUGGAUUUUAUUUUAUGUGAUUUUUUUAAUCUUGUUACUCAUUUUAGAAAGGACACAAUCGAUGUUAUAUUUUUUAGUGUACCUUGGGGGGGACCAAAAUAUAAGAAUAAAAAAAAAUUUGAACUAGACACUGAAAUAAUAAAUAAUAUAAGUGUAUAUAAAUGUUUAGAAGUUUCUAUAGAACUAACUGAAAAUUUAAUUUUCUAUCUUCCAAGAAAUGUCUGUAUGAAGGAAUUAUAUUAUUUCUUUGAGUAUUAUAAAAAAUUAGUAACUAAUAAAAAAUAUAUGAAUUUAAAAAAUGAUGAUAUUUCUAUAUAUGAUAUAAAACAAAAAGAUAUGAACUUUAUAUGUAAUGAUAAAUAUUAUGAAAAUGGUAGUAAAUUACAAAAUAAUAAUAUGUUAUUAGAAUUAUAUAUAAAUCGAACUAGAUGUAAUUAUCAAAAAAAAGAUGAUAAUAGUUUAAAUAAUUUUUUUUAUUUUUUAAAUGAGAAAUGUGAUAUAUAUGAUAAUAAAUUUAUUUUUUCAAAUGUGCAAAAUAUUUUUCAUAUUAAUAUUGAUCAUUGUUAUAAUAUAUUUAAUUCUUUUAUGAGUGACAAAACAUCUAUUCAAAGAGAAACAUAUGGUGUACUUGAUGAAUCCUUACAUGAUAAUAUUAUAAAUAAUAGUAAUCAGGAUAUGAUUGAAAUAUAUGAUAAUAAUAAUAACAUAUAUAGUUUUGAUGAUGAUAAUAAUAAUAACAUAUAUAGUUUUGAUGAUGAUAAUAAUAAUAACAUAUAUAGUUUUGAUGAUGAUAAUAAUAAUAACAUAUAUAGUUUUGAUGAUGAUAAUAAUAAUAACAUAUAUAGUUAUGAUGAUAAUAAUAACAUAUAUAGUUUUAAUGAUAAUGUUGAGGAUGAAAAGAAAGAAAUAAAAGAAAAUAAAAAAUAUUCAAUUAAUUAUUAUAAUAAUGAUAUAGAUAGAAAUUAUUCUCCUAAUAAGAAAAAGAUGAAAAAGAAAAAUAUAUGGGCGUGGCAUAAUACAUGUAUGGUUUUAUAUCUUGGUAAUAUAUCUUCAAAUAUUAGAAAUCGAAAAAUUAUAAACAUUAAAGAUAUGUAUUAUAUUGAUAAGAAAUUAUCAAAUAUAUUAAUAGAUAUAGAAAUUGAUAAGAAUAAAUGUAAGCAAUUUUUUUUUUCCUAUCAUAAUUUUGUUAAUAGUCAAAAAAAGAAAGUUUUUUUUGAUAUCUAUCAAAAUAAUAACAACUUAUUUAAUAAUAUGUUUUAUAUUAAUAAAAAUGAGCUAAUAAUAAAAAAAAUAUAUUUAAUUAAGGAAAAAAACAUUUUAUAUAUAAAUAUUUUUAUUAUGAAAAAAUUAUUUAAUAUAAUUGAAAAAAUAAUAUUACUUUUUUUUAAUAAUAUAAAAAAUAUGAUAGGUUAUAACAAAAUAAGUUUCUUAAAUAAAAUAUGUAUACAAUUUCAAAAUGUAUAUUAUAAUAAAAUAUUAACACAAUAUAUUGAUAAAAAUGUUGAUAUUAAAAAAUAUGAAACUUAUAUUUAUAAGGAUGAUGAUAAGAAAAUACAUUUAUGUUAUAUACAUUUAUUUGAUUAUUUUAAUAUUAUAAUAAAAAAAAUUAUGAAAGAAUUUAUUUUGUUGUUUAGUAUAUAUUUAUAUGAUAUAUCAUAUAUGAAAUAUUAUUUUAGACACAAGAAUGUUGAUAUAGAAAAAAAAAAAAGAAAAAUUUUUUCUACACAAUGUUUAAAAAAAGUCCAUUAUAAUAUAAUAAGAAUAUUAUUUAAUUUCUUAUUAUAUAUGAAAAUAUAUUUAAAUAUUGUAUCUAAUAAUAUAAAAUUGGAGAAUUAUUUUGAUCAGCACUUUAUUUUAGAUAAUAUUAAUAUAGACAAUAUAACUAAUAACCUUUUAAAUAGAUUUUUUUUGAUAUAUUCUUUGAGAAAAGAAAAAAACACAAAUUAUAAUUUUAAAACAAAUAAUGUUGUUACGUCAUAUGUAGAUUACUUUAAAAACUUUAUAAAAUAUAUAAUCCAUAUAUCUAUUAAUUUAGAGUUAAAAGAAAAUAAUGAAGAAAAAACAAUAUCUAUGAAUCAUAUGAGUAAUUUUUUUUUUCGUUCUUUAUUUAAUAUAGAAAAAAAGGUUGAUAUACUUAUAAAUAAGCUGAAUAAUAAUCUAAAUAAUAAUGAGGACGAUAUAAAAUAUUAUAAAUAUAAUUUAUAUUUGUUUUUAAUUCAUUUUUUUACAAAACAAUUUUUAUAUAAUAGUCACGUUAAUAUAAAUCUGGAUUAUUUUAACACCCUCCUCUUCUUUUAUUUAAAUCAGGUAUAUAACUUGUCAAAGCAUCAAGAGGGCUACAUAAAUAUAUUUCUUCAUUUUCUGAAUAAUUUUUUAUAUAAAAACUUUUUCCUAAAAAUAAUAUGA